CGCGGGAUCUCACGAGUACGCCUGUGUCAAGUGCAGUCAUGGAAGCUGAGGAGGCGGAUGUGGAUGUGGAAGGAGAUGUGGCGGCGGCUGCACAGCCGGGAAAUGAUGGAAAUACAGCAUCAGUUUUUCAAGAUCACUAUCUUGAUUCAACAUGGAGAAGGGAGAAUGGCUGUCUUCCUUGGACUCUGGAUAGCACCAUCAGUGACGAAAACAGAGCUGUCAUUGAGAAAAUGCUGUUGGAAGAAGAGUAUUAUUUAUCUAAUAAAUCACUUCCAGGAAAAUUCUGGGUUAAUCAAAAGGAAAAUAAUAAAAAAUGCACGAACAGCCUACAGAAAACAGGAAAGAUCAUGGUACGUUCUCCUGCAAAACCAUCCAGUUAUUCAGUAAAGUGGACGAUAGAAGAGAAAAAACUGUUUGAACAAGGACUGGCUAAAUUUGGCCGAAGAUGGACCAAAAUCGCAGCACUAGUUGAAAGUCGCACAGUUUUACAAGUGAAGAGUUAUGCCAGACAGUACUUCAAAAAUAAGGUAAAGUGGGGUGCGGAGAAAGAAACACCAACUUUGAAGAGCAACAGUGAUCUUCAGGUUAAAAAUAGAGAUGAAAGGACAAAGGUGUGGGUAGCAUCAGAUCCCAACCUUAAUGCUGUAAGAAUUGAGAAGUUGUCUGAUGAUGAAGAUGUAGACAUCACCGAUGAGCUGGAUGAGUUGACUUCUCAAACAUCACAAAAGAAUUAUGGCGGCCAUCUUACUUUAGAUGUUCCUAGUAGUAAAAUGUAUAAGACCAACCAAGGAGAAUUAUGCCAAGAAGGUUCAUUAGCUAAAUCUUCAGAAGAAAAUCUUCAGAAUGUGAAGCAAAGUGAAGCAGAAGCAUGUUCAAGCUCAGAAAUUACGUCAUGGGCUGAAAAACAAAAUAAUAAUGGCAAAAACUCAGUUGAAUUACAUGAGAAAGACAGUAAACUGGUUGAGGAAUACACUAUACUAACAGAGGAAACCAAGCAUUCACCUUCUCCAGAGCCCUGUGAGGGUCAGAAGGACCCACGUGGAAAUGAACUGCUUUUGCCUCCUUGCCAAGUGGAGGAGGAAAACCAUGAAGGAGAAGAGCUUAAGCCACCGGAACAAGAAGUAGAAAUAGAUAGAAAUGUCAUUCAAGAAGAAGAAAAGCAAGCAAUUCCUGAGUUUUUUGAAGGGCGUCAAACUAAAACACCAGAACGCUAUUUGAAAAUUAGAAACUACAUUUUGGAUCAGUGGGAAAUAUGCAAACCGAAAUACUUAAAUAAGACCUCAGUACGUCCUGGCCUGAAGAACUGUGGGGAUGUUAAUUGUAUUGGACGGAUUCAUACAUACCUCGAGUUGAUAGGAGCAAUCAAUUUUGGAUGUGAGCAGGCCAUAUACAACAGGCCACAACCAGUUGAUAAAGUCCGAGUGACCGACAGAAAAGACGCAGAAGCAGCGUACCAGCUUGCCUGGCGCCUGCAGUCCAUGAGAACAAGGAGACGUAGGGUCCGAGAUCCAUGGGGAAACUGGUGUGAUGCAAAAGACUUAGAAGGGCAAACAUUUGAGCAUCUAUCUGUGGAGGAGUUGGCAAGAAGAGAAGAGGAGGAAAAGUGCAAACCUAUUAAAUUUUCAAAAGCUUCAAAACUUCCCAAAAGCUCACUUGAUCCCUUCCAACUGAUACCUUGUCAUUUUUUCAGUGAAGAAAAGCAGGAGCCAUUUCAGGUGAAAGUAGCUUCAGAAGCACUUUUAAUAAUGGAUCUGCAUGCCCACGUGUCUAUGGCAGAGGUGAUUGGGCUUUUAGGAGGAAGAUACUCAGAAGCUGAUAAGGUCCUUGAAGUCUGUGCAGCAGAACCAUGUAACAGUCUGAGUACAGGACUUCAGUGUGAGAUGGACCCUGUGUCCCAGACACAGGCCUCAGAAACCUUGGCUCUCAGAGGCUGCAGUGUUAUUGGGUGGUACCACUCUCACCCUGCAUUUGAUCCUAAUCCGUCUUUACGCGAUAUUGACACACAAGCCAAAUACCAGAGUUAUUUCUCCAGAGGAGGAGCAAAGUUCAUUGGAAUGAUUGUUAGUCCAUAUAAUCGAAGUAAUCCUUUACCAUAUUCCCAGAUUACCUGCUUGGUUAUAAGUGAAGAACUUAGCCCUGAUGGUACCUAUCGUUUACCUUACAAAUUUGAAGUACAACAGAUGUUAGAAGAACCUCAGUGGGAAUUAGUGUUUGAGAAGACAAGAUGGAUAAUCGAAAAAUACAGGCUCUCUCAUAGCAGCGUCCCCAUGGAUAAAAUCUUUCGCCGGGAUUCUGACCUAACUUGUCUGCAGAAACUGUUGGAGUGUCUAAGGAAAACACUAAGCAAAGUAGCCAAUUGUUACAUCGCUGAGGAAUUCUUGACUCAAGUUGAAAAUUUGUUCCUUUCCAAUUACAAAAGCAAGGAAGAAAAUGGACUGGCAGAAGAAAACAGUGCAAAGGAAUUGUUCAUGUAAUUAUUUUAAAGUAAGAUGUUCUAAUCUUGGCAUGCUAUUGUAAAUAAUUGAGAUUUUAAAGCAAUAUAAAUUAUGUAUUUUUUUCUGUUAAUCCAUAAAACUCUAAACUUUCCCACAUAAAUAAUGUGUGAAGGAAGAGA